CGGCCCGGCCGCCUCCCCCCGCCUCGCUCAGGCAAUGACAGCGGCUCCAGCGUCUCCGCAGCAGAUCAGGGACCGGCUGCUGCAGGCCAUCGACUCCCAGAGCAACAUCCGGAACAUGGUGGCAGUGUUGGAAGUUAUCUCCAGCUUGGAGAGAUACCCCAUUACCAAAGAGGCAUUAGAGGAGACUCGACUUGGGAAACUCAUCAACGACGUCCGCAAGAAAACCAAGAACGAGGAACUUGCCAAGCGGGCCAAGAGACUGCUACGGAGUUGGCAGAAGCUCAUUGAGCCUGCCCACCAGAAUGAAGCUGCGUUGCGGGCCCUGGCGGGAGCCACAGGCUCUGCCAACGGGGGUGCACACAACUGUCGGCCGGAGAUGGGAGCAGCCAGUGCAACCAAAACCAUCCAUGACCUGAAGAACCGCAAUGACAUCCAGCGGCUGCCAGGACCACGGCUGGACAGGUUGAGCAGCCGCAAGCGUCGUGGGGACCAGCGUGACCUGGGCCAUCCUGGGCCACCUCCCAAGGUUUCCAAAGCUAGCCCUGAUCCCCUACUCCCCAACUCAUCCCCCCACCCCACCAACGGGAUCAGUGGGAGCCCGGAGAGCUUUCCCAGUCCCCUGGAUGGCAGUGGUCACCUGGGCCUUGAGGGCAGCCGUCUGGAGCACAGUGAGAAUGACAAGCAUAGCUGUAAGGUUCCCAUCAAUGCAGUGCGGCCACACCCCAGCUCCCCAGGUCUGGGCCAGCCCAUGGGCCCCUGCCUUCAGGCCAAGACCUCAUAUUUGCAGCCAUUGGACAGGGGGGAUGAACCACCAGGCCCUCCCCACCCCAGGGGACCCCCACGCUGCUCUUUCAGCCCCCGGAACUCACGACAUGAGGGCUCCUUUGCCCGCCAGCAGAGCCCAUAUGCACCCAAGGGAUCUUUGCCCAGCCCCUCUCCACGGCCCCAGUCACUUGAUGCUACACAGGUGCCAUCCCCACUCCCCCUGGCCCAGCCGUCCACACCCCCUGUGCGGCGGCUGGAGCUGCUGCCCAGGGAUGAAAGCCCUGUACGCUGGCCUGAGCAACCUGAGGGCCACCAACGGCUGGUGGGGCAAGGCUGCAGGGCUGGGCUUCCUCAAGCUGAGCCCCUCCCGGCCCGCACCGGCUUCUCCCCAGACUCCUCCAAGGCGGACAGUGAUGCUGCCUCCUCUGGCGGCUCAGACAGCAAAAAGAAAAAGAGGUACCGACCUCGUGACUACACGGUGAACUUGGAUGGACAGGUGGCCGAGGUGGGCAUCAAGCCUGUCCGGUUAAAAGAACGGAAGCUCACCUUUGACCCCAUGACCAGACAGAUCAAACCUUUGACCCAGAAAGAGCCAGUGCAGGCUGACAGUCCUGUACCCACAGAGCAGCCGCUCAGGACAGAGCUUGAACAGCAGGAGGCAAAGGCCAACCUCCAGAACCCCUUUGAGCAGACGAACUGGAAGGAGUUGUCACGGAAUGAGAUCAUCCAGUCCUACCUGAGCCGCCAGAGCAGCCUGCUGUCGUCCUCGGGUGCGCAGACCCCAGGCGCUCACCAUUUCAUGGCUGAGUACCUAAAGCAGGAGGAGAGCAGCCGACGUGGGGUCCGACAGCCACAUGUGCUGCUACCCCUCGCACCGCCUGCUGACCUCCCGGGGCUGAGCCGGGAGGUAACACAGGACGAUCUCAACAGAAUCCAGGCCCAUCAGUGGCCAGGGGUGAACGGGUGUCAGGACACACAGGGUAACUGGUAUGACUGGACACAGUGCAUAUCGCUCGACCCGCACAGCGAUGACGGGCGGUUGAACAUUCUGCCUUAUGUCUGCUUGGACUAACCUCCUGGCGGGCGGCCACGAAGUGCAUUCCCACCUUGCAGGAGCCAGGGCCAUUGGGUGGCCAGGGUGCCCCAGAUGGCCAGGCCUAAGCAGGAGAGAGGUGGGAGGGCAGACUCCACACUAUUCUUCCACACUCUCCUUUUGUGAAAUGCUGCUACCAGUUUACUAACAAAAUGCAAAAGAAAGGCCGCACAGAAGUCAGGAUGACCAAGUGAGUUCAGAAGUAUAGCAAACCAGCUAUAAAAAGCGCUAGUCCCCACCCCAAGAGAGGUGAGGAGCUCUUCAGCACUGAACGCUAAGACCUCAGCGGCAGGCAGGCAGGCACAGGAACCCCAUGGGAGAGGUUACCUUAACACAGUGACAGACGCGUAUCUCAUCUCUGCAUCUCCUGCUUUCACCCACCUGGCGUCUCUGAGGCGCAGGCUGCACCCACCCAGCCUCUGCUGAACCAGUGUUUUCAUUCCAUCAUACACUGGAAAUUUCUCGACUUUGAUGAGCCCUGAGCAUCAGGCGGGUGAGCCAGUUGGCCAGCCAGCCUCACCCACACUCCAUCAGCAUCCAUUUUUAUUUGGUUUCAAUUAAACCCCAGUUGUUAAAGAAAUGCUGCAAAAAUUUUAGUUUUCUCAUUUAUUUUCAUCUGACCACCAGCCAAAUAACUUCCCUCCCAGUAUUUUUUUUUUUUUUUUGCACAUCUCUAGAAAAGUUCACCUUUCUAGAGCCCUCCCCCACCCACAAUCACAAAGUAACUGCGGGUGCUACUGGUGUGUGAGCUGUACCACUGGGUGAGAGGGGAGAGUGUCUGUUUGCUGGAAACACUCAUAACCAUUCCUUUAGAUUCGUUUGCCUUAUGGUUAUUUGUCAUAAACGCGAUUUGCAAAAACAAGGAGCCUUAGUGAAUGUACAGUACCUAGACUUCUGCGUUCUGAGGAUGCAGAAGGGAGCAACUUUGCUAUUUGGUCCAAUAAGUGGACACCUUGUGAUAUAAAUGUGGAAAUAAAAAAUCAUUUGCACAAA